AAAAGAACAGAUGUUCCUUGUCUUCGUCGUUUUUCCCCAAAUGCCAACGAAAGCCCUCGCGGAGAAUUCCCCAAAUCUACAGUGAGAAAGCUUCCAUCUUCGACGAGAAUAUGCUAUCCAAUCCAAACCUCUGCGAUUCGGCGCUGUCGCCGAUGAGAAGCCGCAAUUUUGUGCUGCCGAUUUUGGCGUUAAAUGGUUUAUUUUUACUUCUCUUCAUCUCAUUCUUGUUUCUUUCUCUGCAUUUUAUACCAUUUUCAAGUAUGAUUUUUUAGUGCUCUAUUGCGAAUGUUCCUUAAAAAAUGAAGGAUUAUUGUCGAUCUUACUGUUAUGCAUAUGUAGUUCUUAUAUCUGGAGCUAGGUUUCUCUUCACAUUUAGGGCAGACGAGAAGGAAUUCGGUACGCUCACAGAUCAUUUCAACAAAAAGCAUAGGAGCGAAAUUGGCAAUGAAUCUGAAACAGAAUCAGAAGGAAGCACAGGUAUGAAGCUGUUGAGUUGUGAGAUGGAGACAAGGGAAUGUAUCUUGGUAAUGGUGUAUGUAGUGCUGGCAAGAAUGUUAAUGAGAAAAUAUCUGAAGCUUUAAUUGGUAUGGAUCCAACUCUCCAAGUUCAAAUUGAUCAAGCCAUGAUAGACUUGGACAAGACAAAUAAAAAGGGUGAACUUGGGGCAAAUGCAAUUCUAGCAGUCUCAAUGGCUGCUUGCAGAGCAGGGGUAGCUGAAAAAGAGGUCCCAUUAUACAAACACAUUGCCGAUUUAGCUAGCAAAACAAGUUAUCACCUUCUUGUUCCAGCUUUCACUCUCACAGGUGGCGGAAACCAUGCUGGGAACAAUCUUGCCAUUCAGGAAAUCAUGAUCCUUCGUGUUGGGGCAAAAAAGUUUGAGAAGGCAUUGCAGAUAGGAGCUGAGACAUAUCAUCAUCUAAAGGUCGAGUUGAGGUUGGGGGAGUGCAUUAUGAGGCUGGAGAAGCAGUUGGCCGAGGAGAGGGUUGCUCGGUUGGAGAUAGAGUUGAAGACAUGUUAAAGAUUCUUCAUGCUUGUUUUAAAUUUUUGUACACACAAGAGUGGUGGAGGAGUUGUGUUUCAUAAAUUCUUAAAUUUUGUUGUUUUGCAACGAACUCGGAUGGAAAAUAUUCAUGAAUUUAGCAAUAUUUAUAUGAUUACAAUUAAUCUUUA